AUGACCGAGGAGGGCGCGGAGCCCUUGACCGAGGAGGGCGCGGCGACCAUGACCGAGGAGGGCGCGGCGACCAUGACCGAGGUGAGCGGCCGCGCGGCGGGCCCGCUGGGCCCCGGGAGGGCGCGGGGCUCGCCCCUGCCGGCCCAGGCGCGAUGGCCCGCAGCGCGUGGCCGGUGCGUGGGUGUCCGGCCGGACGGCGCGGAGGCCAUGCGGAUCUUCCCAGCGCGCGACCACAGUGUGGCAUCGCCGAGGACCGAAUAUCUAUGGAGCGAGCAGGAGGAUGAGGAGCUUGAGCAUGCGCUGGCCCCGGUCCCCCCGCCCCGUCCCCGUCCCCGGCUGUCUCGUGCGGUGCCUUCUUUAACCCUUAGACCCCGGAGGUGGACACUGGCCGGGCUCAGGCGGAAGGUGGCACCCCCGCCCGCCACCACUCGUUUCCGCUACAAAGCUGUGGGCUGCAGACUGGGAGGGGUGGUGCUCUCCUUCCUGCCCUGGGUCCACAGCGCCUGCCCCUCCCCGCCCACCCUAGGCAUGGAGGUCCUGUGCCAGAGGCGGAACAAGUUGUGCCGGCAGAUCCAGAAGGAGGAGAAGGAGAAGCAGCGGCUGCAUAAUCAGUUGAGGCGGUUGACAGAGAAGCUGGCCCUAGUCAACGAGAAUCUGGCAUGCAAGAUCGCGUCUUACAAAGAGCUUGACCGGACCAUCACAGAGUCUGAGGCUGCCUUCUUCAAGAUCCUGGAGAGCUCACAGGCUCUGCUUAGUGUUGUGAAGAGGGAAGCCGGGAACCUGAGCAAAGUCAUGGCCUCAGAGCAGGAGAUCAUUGACGAGAAGGACAGUUCAUGAAGCCACAGGUGGAGAGGGGCCUGUCUCCACUGCAGCCAUCAAUGGCUUGGCCCCUAGCAAGUCUGUCUUCACAGUGUCUGUUUUUCAUGACAGGAGCUAACUUCUUGCACUGUCUCAGGUGCCAAGGGAGGCAGCUGCCAGCCUCCAUUGGCCCUGAGUGACAAGAAAAGCCCUGGGCGCAGCCCACCAGGUGGGAGUCCUGGCCCUGUGGUCACUCAGGCUACAGGGAGGGCGAGCUCGGGGCCAGCUCCACUUGGGGCCUGUCUGAGGUCCCC